CACUUGAAGAGGGUGCGGGAAGCUGCUGCCGCGGCGCUGCCAUGGAGUUGGUGCAAGAAGCGCGGGAACUGGGCUGCUGGGCGGCGGAAGAGAUGGGGGUGCCCGUGGCAGCCCGGGCCCCGGAGUCAACGCUGCGCAGACUGUGUCUGGGCCAGGGGGCCGACAUCUGGGCCUAUGUCUUGCGGCAUGUGCACAGCCAGAGGACUGUCAAGAAGAUCCGAGGAAACUUACUUUGGUACGGCCACCAGGACAGUCCAGAGGCCCGUCGGAAGUUGGAGCUGGAAGCCACUGUUGCUCGCUUGCGGGCAGAGAUCCAGGAGUUAGACCAGAGCCUGGAGCUGAUGGAGCGAGAGACCGAGGCUCAGGACAUGGCCAUGGAGCAGACCCUGCGGAACAUUCAAGACACUCAGCGUCGUGCUCUCCUCCUCCGGGCCCAAGCUGGGGCCGUGCGAAGACAGCAGCGUGGACUUCAAGAUCCUGCGCAGCGGCUGCAGAAUCAGUUGAAGCGCCUGCAGGACAUAGAGGGGAAGGCCAAAGUAGAUAUAACUUUUGGACCCUUGUCAUCAGCAGCCCUGGGACUGGAGCCUGUGGUCCUGGGUGAUGUCCGAACAGCCUGUACCCUCCGGACCCAGUUUUUGCAGAAUCUCCUGGCUCCUCAGGCCAAGGGAGGCAUCAUCCUAACCCCUCGAGAUGAUCACUUUGGAGCUUCCUACCAGCAGUGGCUUAGCUCAGUGGAGACACUACUGACAAACCAUCCUCCGGGCCACAUCCUGGCCUCCUUGGAGCAUCUGGCUGAAGAGCGGGAGGCAGAGAUUCGGUCCCUGUGCAGUCCAGAUGGGCUCCAAGAUACAGAGAUAACCAGGUCCCAGGCGCCAGACCAGCCAGGCUCCAGCCAGGCCCUGCCGUCCAUGGUGCAUCUCACCCAGGAGGGUUGGCGGGACGUGGGUGUGCUGGUGGCCCAGCGGGGGCCCCUGCUGAAGGAGCAUCAGAUCCUGACCCAGCGCCUCCAAGCCCUGACAGAGGAGGUGGAGAGAUGUACCCUGGAAUCCAGCGAGAGGCAGGCACUGGUGCUGGGACUCCGAAGCUGUGGCCUAUGGGCCGAGCUGAAGGCCCUGCGUGCCCAGAGCCAGGAGCUGGAGGAGACGGCCGGGCGCCGGCAGCUUCUGCUACAGGAGCUACAGGCCAAACAGCAACGGAUCCUGCACUGGCGCCGGCUGGUGGAGGAGACACAGGAACAGAUCUGCCUGCUCAUCAAAGGCAACUCAGCCAGCAAGACGCGCCUAUGCCGGAGCCCUGCAGAGGUGCUGGCUCUGGUUCAGCGAAAAGUCGUCCCCACAUCUGAGGCAGUGGCACCACAGUCCCAGGAGCUGCUUCAUUGUCUGGAGGAGGAGGCCCGGCAUCUCCCCCACCUUCUGCUGGACACCUUGCUUCGGCACAGCCCUGGAGGGUUACAGCCCCUGCCCACGGUCCUGCCAUCCAUCCACCAGCUGCAUCCUACGUGCCCGAGGGGCUCCAACAAAAAGAUCACAGUCACACCAGAGACGCACAGCGCUUACAGUAUGCUGUGCAUCGUUCAGUGCCCUGUUUGCAUGAGGACCCGAGAGGAGGGAGAGGUGAGAUCCACACGAGGUUCCUGGAGACUUGGUGACCCAUUGGCGGCGAGACCCCAGGAACCAGAGACUCAGCACUGCCUCCUGGGUUUCUCACCUGCAGAGCUGCUGCAGGUCCGGGCAGCUCGGGAAAAGGAGCAGAAAGAGAACCUGGGGCAGGCCCUGAAGCAGCUGGAGAACCUGCUGAAACAGGCGCUGGAGCGAAUCCCCGAGCUACAGGGCAUUGUUGGGGACUGGUGGGAGCAGCCAGGCCAAGCCGCCCUCUCCGGGGAGCUCUGCCAGGGCCUGUCCCUGCCCCAGUGGCGGCUGCGCUGGGUCCAGGCCCAAGGUGCCCUGCAGCAACUGUGCAGAUGAAAAGUGGGCUCAAACAGAACUCAAGAGCUUUCCGUUUGUUCGCCCCACCAAAGACCUUUGGAAGAGCAUCGCCCAGAUGUGUCAACCCACCUUCUCUACCCCCUCGCAGCCUGUUCUGUCCCUCUCGGUUGCCUUGCACCUGUCCUUUCAUCCCAUCAAAGCCGAGGCAGUGGGCUAUGCUGGACCCCACCUCCCUGAAUCUCCGCUCAUCACCUUCACUCUUAGCAAAAUGUCAUUGAGCACCUGCCCUAAACACUGAGGAUCCAGCACUGAACAAACUGGACAAAAGUCCCAGACUUUUCCUAGGACAGGGAAAUGGAGCCCUGACAAGUUAAGUGAGUAAAAUAUCUAGUAUGCUGGGAGGUAGCUGCUCUGGAGAAAAAUAAAGCUGUAAGAGGUGCCACUCUGGA